AUGGAGCCCUCUGGGCUGGGGCUGGAGGGCACCGUCCGCACACCGACGCCCCCGCACGAGCCCAUCCGCUUCGGCAUCGAGCAGAUCCUGGGCGGCCCGCAGCAGCAACAGCAGCAGCUGCAAGCCGCUUGUCUGGGUGCCGUCGGGGCGCUCGGGGAGCCCGACCUGGCGGUUUACAGUGGGGGUUACGGAGCAGAAUACAGCCCGGCCUGCUCGCUCGGUGCCUACGGCCUUCCCAGAGCCUCGGUGGGCGGCAGCAGAGUGAUCCGAGUACCCGCACACAGACCGGUUCCCUCCGCGCCCGUCCAUCCCCAGUCCGCGGGAGCCGGCCUCGCCUUUCCCUGGAUGGAGAGCAACAGGCGGCUGAGCAAGGACCGGAUCGCAGCCGCCCUGCCGCCCUUCUCCAUAGCCCGGCGAAUCGGACACCCCUACCAGAACCGCACGCCGCCCAAGCGCAAGAAGCCGCGCACGUCCUUCUCGCGGGCGCAGAUCUGCGAGCUGGAGAAGCGAUUCCACCGGCAGAAGUACCUGGCGUCUGCGGAGCGAGCCGCCUUGGCCAAAGCGCUGAAGAUGACCGACGCCCAAGUCAAGACCUGGUUCCAGAACCGCCGCACCAAGUGGAGGCGGCAGACGGCCGAGGAGCGCGAGGCGGAGCGCCAGCAGGCCAACCGGCUGAUGCUGCACCUCCAGCACGAGGCCAUCCAGAAGAGCCUGGGGCAGCCGCUCCCGCAGGACCCUCUCUGCCUGCACAACUCCUCGCUCUUCGCCUUGCAGAACCUGCAGCCCUGGGCGGAGGAGCACAGGGUCACGUCGGUCUCGGGGGCAGCGGCUCUGGUGUGAGCGCCGA